UUGACCACCCAAACUGCCCCAAAUGGCCUCGGCCUCUUGGGAUGAGCGAGAGGCCAUCGGAGGAGGCCAUCCGAUGGCUUCACUUCCCUCGCAGGUAAUUGCGCGUGCGACAGCCACACAGGAGGACGAUGACGACGACGGAGGAGAGGGCCUAUUCGUAUUAUUCUUUGACGGAAGCCCGCGAGGAUGGAGACGUCCAUGUAGAUGAAUUUGGACGUCCUUCCUUCUCAUCGGCAGCAAUCCCAACUUUCCGGAGAACUAGCAUGCGAGUAGAAAGGAAUCCUGUACAAGUACCAGUCCGAUCAACGAUUUCGGCUUUGAAUCCACCAGAGACUUAGUUGCUUUUAGGGCAAGGUUUACUGUGCUCCUGACGCAACCCCCAACCCGACUAAUGGUCAACAAGGUCGGCCCCUUCUUGCACUGCGAAGACUGGGAGAGUCAAAGGGGGCUUCUCGUCUGGUACAGAUCACGAUGCAAUUCAAACCAAACAAGCAAUCUGUGAGGUGUGUGUGCUGGUUUUGUCUAGAAGAAAGUUCGGAUUUCCUCGGGCUGAUGCUAAUAUGAGAUGGUUGGAGGAGGGCGAACAGGCGACGAGGUGGAGGACAAGAUAUAGGAGAUCUGAUUUGUUUAUUCUUGUGGUGUGAUUUCGGCCUGCUGCUCUUGUUUCGAUGUUAGCAGCUGGGACAUGUCGGCGGAGAAGGUGAGCUUCUGCUGUUGCAUCAGCUUCCUGAUGCUGUCUUCGGUUUUUGUCUCAGGUGAGGCGGUCCCCGGCGGCGGCGGCGCCUCCGACAAGGAUGUACUGCUCCGGCUCAAACGCCAUCUCCAAGCCAAGAAUCCGAUCUACCAAGGAGCCUACGCUCGGUGGAACGAGCCGGACCCCUCCCCUUGCGGUUGGGAGGGCAUCACCUGCAACGACGCCGACCGUGUCGUCGGCGUCAACCUCGCGGGAUCCAACAUAGCCGGUGAAAUCUUCCCCGGCUUCUCCUUCCUCACCGAACUCGCCCGCCUCGACCUCUCCUCCAACACCAUCGGCGGCCAGCUCCCCCCCGACCUCAACAAAUGCAGCGGCCUCCGGUACCUCAACGUCUCCCACAACCUCAUCGGCGGCGAGCUGAACCUGACCGGGCUGGUCAACCUCGAGACGCUCGACCUCACCCUCAACCGAUUCAACGGUAGCAUCCGCCACAACUUCCCUGCACUGUGUGCCAAUCUGGUUAGCCUCAACGUUUCCACCAACGGCUUCGCCGGCGACAUCACCGGGUGCUUCGACCACUGCCCCAAGCUCAAGUUCCUGGACCUGAGCUCCAACCAGUUCAGCGGGCGGAUAUGGCUAGGCUUCCCUAACCUGCGGGAGUUCUCUGUCGCCGAGAACAGCCUCGUUGGGGGAUUUCCGUCGAGCACCUUCGGGUCAACUUGCGACCUCGAGAUUUUGGACCUCUCGGCGAACAACUUCUCUGGGGCGUUCCCGGACUCGAUCGCCAAUUGCUCGAAGCUGACGUCUUUGAACCUGUGGGGGAAUGUAUUCACCGGCACGAUACCCUGCGCCAUCGGCUUGCUCUCGGAGCUCAGCGCGCUCAACCUGGGGAAUAACUCGUUCGACCCGGAAAUCCCCCAGGAAUUGGUGAACUUGACCAAGCUAGUGUUUCUCGAUUUCAGCAACAGCGGCUUCAACGGCGACAUCCAAGAAAUCUUCGGCCGAUUCGCGGCGAUGAGUUACCUCAUCCUUCAAGGGAACCAGUACACCGGAGGCAUCGCGUCGUCGGGGAUUCUCAAGCUUCCCAACCUCGUGAGGUUAGACCUGAGCUUCAAUCGUUUAUCCGGCAACAUCCCCGUGGGGAUCACGAGAAUGCCGACGCUCAAGAUCUUGAUCCUCGCCGGUAAUGAGUUCUCUGGCGGCAUUCCGCCGGAUUUCGGCAGCAUGGCCGGAGUUCAGUUACUGGACCUUUCGUACAACAAGCUCACCGGCUCGAUCCCCGCGGCCAUCGGCAAAUUGACGUCCCUCCUCUGGCUGAUGCUUGCGGAAAACAAUCUCACCGGCGAGAUCCCCCCGGAGAUCGGCAAUUGCAGCAGCUUGAUGUGGCUGAACCUUCGCAACAAUCAGCUCUCCGGCAGGAUACCGCCGGAGAUAUCGGCGAUGGGGAAGGACCCGUUCCCCACGUUCGAGGCCAACCGCCGCGAGAUUAUCGGCGUCGCCGCCGGCUCCGGCGAGUGCCUGGCCAUGAAGCGGUGGAUCCCCGCGAGCUACCCGCCCUUCAACUUCAUCUACGCGCUAAUGACGAGGAAGACCUGCCGGGACACUUGGGACCGCCUCCUGAAGGGUUACGGGAUCUUCCAGUUCUGCGCCAACUCCACGUCCGGGGUCCGAACCCUAGCCAUCUCCGGCUAUCUCCAGUUCUCCCUAAACCGGCUCUCGGGCGAGAUCCCGCCGGAGAUCGGGAGGAUGAUGAACUUCAGCAUGAUCCAGCUCUCCGCCAACCGGCUUUCCGGCCGCCUACCGACUGAAAUUGGUAAGGUGCCGCUCGUCGUUCUCAACGUCUCCCACAACGGGCUGUCCGGCGGGAUCCCGGAGGAGAUCGGCUUCCUGCGGUGCCUCUCGAGUUUGGAUCUCUCCCGGAACAACUUCUCCGGCGAGCUGCCGUCGAGCCUGAACGGCCUUUCCGAGCUGAACAAGUUCAAUGUCUCCUACAAUCCCCUGCUCUCCGGCGUGGUACCAACGAACGGCCAGAUCGCCACCUUUGGAAAUGACAGCUUCCUCGGUGACCCCCUCAUCAGCUUCGCCUCCUCGUCCGCCCGCGACACGCCGCCGGUCACCCGAAACAACGGCCCCGCUGGAGAGGGCGGGCGUUGGCGGGUGGCGGCGUUCUGGGUGUUCUUCGCUCUCAGCUCGGCCUUCGUCUUGUGCGGCGCGCUCUCCUUGGCGGUCCUCUGCCUCGGUGGCGCCCGCGCGGCGGUGGACACGUACGCGGACCCGGAACCCGAGCCGGAGGGGUUGCUUCUGGACGGCGCGAAGUGUCGGAGCGACGCUUGCAGGUCGUCGACGGUGACGUCAACGUCCACGUCGUCGGCGGAGGGUGUGUCGGGCUGCUCGUCGAAGGGCAGCGCGGGGGUCAGGGUUUUCCGGCUGGACCGGGGGGCAGAGGGGUUGACAUUUACAUACGACGACAUAGUGGCGGCGACGGGGAACUUCGACGAGAGGAUGGUGGUAGGCCGGGGCGGGCACGGGGUGGUGUACCGGGGGGUGCUACCGGACGGGCGGCGAGUGGCAGUGAAGAAGCUGCAGCGGAGGGGGAACGGAAGAGGGGAGGAGGAGGACGAGGGUGAACGGGAGUUCCGGGCGGAGAUGGAGGUGAUGACUGGGCGUGGCCACCCAAACAUGGUGGCGCUGCACGGGUGGUGCCUGGCGGGGGCGGCGCGGCUGCUGGUGUACGAGUACAUGGAGGGGGGCAGCCUGGAGGAGGUGAUCGAAGAGUGGGGGCGGUUCGGGUGGGAGCGGCGGCUGGCGGCGGCGACGGGGGUGGCGCGGGCGCUGGCGUUCCUGCACCACGAGUGCACCCCCGCGGUGGUGCACCGGGACGUGAAGGCGAGCAACGUGAUGCUGGACGCGCGGGGACGGGCGCGGGUGACGGACUUCGGGCUGGCCCGCGCCGUGGAGGCCGGAGAGAGCCACGUCAGCACGGUGGUGGCCGGGACGGUGGGGUACGUGGCGCCGGAGUACGGGAGAACGUGGAGGGCCACCACGCGGGGCGACGUGUACAGCUUCGGCGUGCUGGCCAUGGAGCUGGCGACGGGCCGCCGGGCGUUGGACGGUGGGGAGGAGUCCCUGGUGGAGAGGGUGAGACGGGCGGCGGCGCAGGAGGUGGGGUUGCGGCUGGUGGGGGCGGCGGGGGAGGAGCCGGGCGAGGGGGUGACGGCGAUGCUGGGGCUACUGAUGGUGGGGCUGCGCUGCACUGCAGAGUCCCCGCAGGCGAGGCCGGACAUGAGGGAGGUGCUGGGGAAGCUGCUGAGGAUAUGCAACAGCAGUGGCAUCGGCGCUAGCGAGGUGGGCAGCAGCGAUACUUCUCCUCCCCCUCAUUGGUCGCUGCAGAGCCACAGCACAUCAUCUUCUUCCUCGGUGAAGAGCUACUGGGAAGGAUACUUCUGACAGCUAACCACCGUUCAGCAUCACACAUGAGAUAGUCGAUGUACAGAUAUCCCCACUUGUUCAAAAGUUUUAAUGGGAUACAUACGAUAUUUCAAUUUUUUUAUAAGAUAAAUAACAGAUUGUGGUGUUUUGCAUGGAAG